AUGGGAAAAAAACGCGGAGGAGCUAGGCGCAUGGUCCAUGCAGAGGAUGACGGAGACGCAGCUGCAUCUGUCGCGUUCACGGAUGUCCGCGGCUCGACCACGUUGGACGACGAAAAUUUGUACGAUGGCUAUUCGAAGAAUUUGGACGACGAACAAGAGAUUGAUGAAACUAUUGAGGAGCUGACUGAGGAGAGAGCGACAACACGAGUUGCAUCGUUAGAGAAGCUGAUGAGUCACUUGUUGCAGUACAUGGCACCAGAAGAUGUUCCCGAAAGCUUGAUGGACAAUGUGCUCGGAUGUUUACGCAAGCCGUCUGAGGAUGAAGCAGUGUUUGGAGCACGCAUCUUGGCGGUGUUGGCGCUUAUUUAUGGAGACGACAACGAACGUCUGUUUCAGCGAUCCAAAGCUGUACUAAAGCCGUUGACCAAGUCAGCUAGAAGUGCAAAGGUCAAGGUGGCGACGAUCCGGGCGCUCGCAUUGAUCUGCUUUGUGUGCAGUGCCGAGGAGGACAAUACGGAACGGCUGUUGGAGCUCCUCGAGACGUUUUUCGAUCCGAACUUGGCUGGUGGGAUAUGCAAAGCCGCGCUUGAUUCGUGGGGACUACUCGUGUCAUCCCUUUUAGAUGAGGUUCUCGUCAGCGAUGAUUCACUUGAGAGAUUGUUGCCCAAGUUCCUGGCCCUACUCGAUCACAAAGAUGUUGAAGUGCGCGCUGCUGCUGGCGAAAAUGUAGCCUUUCUGUAUGAAUGCGCGCAGAAUUGCGGCGUGUCACUGCCUUAUGACGAAGAGAUUCUUGGGCGUUUCCUCACAAUGAGCAAGGACAACAGCAAGAAGAAUAGCAAGAAAGAUCGCAAGACCCAGCGCAGUGUCUUUCGAGACAUUUAUUCAACGCUUGCUACUGGCGAAACCCCGCACGUAUCUUUUACGGUGAAGAGCGAAGUGCUUGAGAUCAGCUCGUGGAGAUCUGUCAAGCAGUUUGAAGCAAUAAAGGAUUGUCUGAGGACUGGUCUUCAGGAGCACAUCAAGUACAAUAACGUGCUUCGUGCACUGCUGGACUUACCAGAGACUUUGGAAGACCGCAAAGUGGACAGGAGCGAUGUCUUUGACAAGAAAUCGGCGUCGAGGAAGCAGCGCAGCAAUGAGCUAAGAGGGGACCGUAAAAGGAAACAGCAUAUGCAGGACGCCUUCUAUGAUGAUGGUGUCGUCUAG